AUAGAGAGAGGGGUAAGCGGCAGAGACAGAUUUUCCCGCGAAAACGCGUGGGUUUCCCGGCAAAUUUGUGAGUGCUUUCGAUUCCAAUAAAAGCCAACGAAAAGAGAGGUGUUGUUGUCGUAAUGGACCAAUCGUUUACUCCUCCUGCUGCAAUGUCGUCUUCUCAGCACGAACACGUCAAACGAAUGAUCAACUCCGAUCGCUACAAAUCGCCCUCCAAGACAAUCUACUCCGACAGGUUCAUACCAUGCAGAUCCGCUUCCAAUUUCCCCCUCUUCGAUUUGCCGGCGUCCGAGGACACCUGCGGUUGCAGCCCCUACGGCAACGCUCUCCGGACCGCGUUAUUCGGACCCAACACCCCCGAUAAAACGCGCCCUAAUAUAUUCCGUUACAAAACGGAGACUAAACACUCCAUGCACUCGCUCUCGCUAACGCCCUUCGAAUUUCACGAUGACGCUCUCCCUGGCUACGCCCCUAAUUAUCCACCGCUCAAGCGCGCUCGCAAGAUUCCUCACUCCUCUUUUAAGGUUCUGGAUGCGCCUGCGCUGCAAGACGAUUUUUAUCUGAAUCUCGUGGAUUGGUCCUCCAACAAUGUCUUGGCUGUGGCUCUGGGCAACUCUGUUUAUUUGUGGAACGCUUCCAGCAGCAAGGUAACUAAAUUAUGCGAAUUGGGGGUUGAUGAUUCCGUUUGUUCCGUUGGCUGGGCUCAACUUGGUGCCUACCUGGCAGUUGGAUCGAACAGUGGUAAAGUUCAGAUUUGGGAUGCAUCUCAAGGCAAGACAAUAAGAACUAUGGAGGGUCAUCGUUUACGUGUUGGGGCCUUGGCCUGGAGUUCAUCUCUUCUGUCUUCUGGUGGUCGGGAUAAAAACAUUUAUCAACGAGAUAUACGUGCUCAGGAGGAUUUUGUCAGUAAAUUGUCUGGGCACAAGUCAGAGGUUUGUGGACUGAAGUGGUCGUAUGAUAACCGUGAGUUAGCAUCUGGAGGAAAUGACAACAAGUUGCUUGUUUGGAAUCAAAACUCAACCCAGCCCAUCCUAAAGUUCUGUGAGCAUACAGCAGCUGUUAAAGCUAUUGCAUGGUCUCCUCAUGUUCAUGGACUUCUUGCAUCUGGAGGAGGGACUGCAGACCGGAGUAUUCGUUUCUGGAAUACAACAACAAACUCACAGUUAAACUGUAUUGACACCGGAAGUCAGGUUUGUAAUCUUGUCUGGUCCAAAAAUGUCAACGAAUUGGUAAGCACACAUGGCUACUCCCAGAACCAGAUAAUAGUUUGGAAAUACCCCACCAUGUCAAAGCUAGUAUCUCUUACAGGACAUACUUACAGAGUUCUUUAUCUUGCUAUCUCUCCUGAUGGACAGACUAUUGUUACUGGAGCUGGAGAUGAAACUCUUAGGUUUUGGAAUGUUUUCCCUUCACGGAAAUCACAGAAUACUGAGAGCGAAAUUGGAGCAUCAUCUUUUGGAAGAACUAUCAUCAGAUGACUCCAUUUAUCAUUUUUAUGAUAGAAGUGACGGAGAGAUAUUUCAGAACACCAUGGUGGAAAAUUUUGUAUGUAAGAGACAUCACCGUGGUCUGCUUUACCAACGAGGGAAGCCUUACGGGAGCUAUGAAGUUAAGAUGUAGAUGCCAAUGGUGGAAAUCCAUGCUCUUCAUGAGUUAUUUUAUUGAAGCAUCUAAGAGAUUUAUUUGUACAUAUCACUUUGGUUUUCUCCUUUUUAUUUUUUAUUUUUUUUAUCUUUCCAGUAAUGCGCCUCGCAUUAUAUUUGGAUAAAUUUUAAAUUAUAGAGAAGCAUCUUUUACAUGUAACGGAAUAACCUUUGUAUAUCGGAAGAUCAUACGGUGGUAUGGUUAAAUUUUUUAGCAAGUGAUACGAGAUAAGUUUAAUUAA